AAUUCAUUCGCCUGUUUCAUCCGGGAGAGGAAUGAGUGAAAAUUUCUCGCAGUUAGAAGAUUUUACUAGCUAUAAAGAGGCUUCUGCCAUUGUAUUCUAUGCUUCAGUUUUUCCUAUAGCCUUAAUCGCUAAUUUGAUUACUUUAAUUAUUUCGAUUAUUAUAAUAAGGUAAGUUCCUUUAUGUUAAAAUUGUCUAUUUUCACCUUAUAAGAAAACUCUCAACUCUGGCAAAUUGUAAUAUAAAUUCUAUGCUAUUUUGAGCCUAUAUGUAGAGACGUCUUAAUAAUUAUUCUAUAUGGAAAUAUAUAUAUAUAUACUAAUAUAACUAGUAUAUGAUAUUUCGGAUUAAUUCAUGAGGAUGUAUAAAUUUGAGCAGGUGGUUUAACUUACGCGUAAAUAAAUAGAUAGAGAGAAAGAGAAGUAGAGAAUGAAAAAGGGAGCGAGGGAGAGAGAAAGAGGGCGGGAGAAAGAGAAAGAGAAAACAAAAUAUUCCUUUAUAGGCCUAUCGUUUUCUAACGUAUUAGUCUAUUACAUUAUGUACAACGUCUAUUAACCGAUUAAAAGUAAUGUAAGUUGCAAAUGAAAAAUAGGGCUAACGUAAACAUAAAUUAUACAUACAUAAUGCUUAAUGAAUUAAUUGACGAAGAAAGGUUAAAGAUAAACGUUUAAUAACUUUAGGAAGAAAAACGUUUAAGAGGUGUAAUAAAACGAGAAGAGAAGGAGAGAAAGGGAGGAAGAAAAAGAGAGGGGGAUAGGUAAAUAGAUAGAUAGAUGGAUAGAUAGAGAUGGAAAGAGAAGAUGAAUGGCAAGCUCUUUGUUCUUUACAUAAAUCUAAUUUUAAAAGAUAGAAAGAAAGAAGGAAUAAGUGAUAUAAAGAAUAGUUCAUGUACAUCUAUAUACAUGAUAAAAAGGAAGAGAGAAUAAAAUGGAGAAUAGUGUGAGAGACAAAAUAAUGAUAAAAGGAGAGGGAGGAAUGAAUGGAAAAAGAAGAGAAAAAAGUUAAAAUUAGUACUCUAUAAGGAAUAUCCUAAAUAAUUAGGAUAAUCGUUUUUUAUUAUUUCUCUCUUUUCUCUUUUAUAGGUUUUUCUUUAAUAGCAAUUUAUCAACAUUUUUUUUCUCUUUUGUCUCGAUCCCUCUACCCUCGUCCUCUUCCUCUUCAACACAUACAUACACAGACACACACUCUCUCUCUUCCUUUCUUUCUUCUUUUCAUCUUUAUGAAUAGUAGAGUAUCCAUUAUAAAUUAGGAUUUAUCGGUAAAGUCAACUUUCCUUAUCUCGAGGCGAUUGCUUAAGAAAAUAUCAGAUAUUUUAUCGAAAUUAAUAUCUGACAAUAAUCGAAUUGUUCUCAUUCUAUACCAUUGUAAAAAUAUCAUCUGAAAAUGAAGGGGGGUCUUUAAGGAUUCAAUCGCCAGAAAGAAAAGGAAAGGUCAUGGGGAAAAUAUCGAUAUGAUACUUUUUGAAAGAGAAAAGGUAAUAACUCAUAUCAAAAUCCGAUCAAUCCUAACGUACCCAACUAAUAGACGUCUAAUUAAUUGAUCAACCUGGUUUGUAUAUUUUUGCAGACAUCAGCAAAGCAGGAAAUCUAUACAAGAUAUUCUCGUUGCGUGCUUAGCCUCAUCCGAUAUUUUUUGCCUCCUCGCCUUUCACGUCACAUCGCUAUUUCUCCAGAAAUCUAAUCAUGUUCCGCAAGUGCUCUGUCAAUUUCAAGCGGCGUCCUUGAGCGUUUACCUUAAAUCCAUUUGCAUAGUGCAGGUUUUGUCAUCUACCGAGCGUUACAUAACAGUGGCGUCUCCUUUAAAAUAUAGAAUACUAAUUAGUAAAGCUGUUCCAAUAUUGAUCUCUUUGAUUUGUCUGAUAAUUUUAAAUACGAUAAUUGGAACUUGGACUUCUUGGGACGACAUAAAAACUUUAGAAACAUGGACUGUGUGUGUUCCAGUCUACUCUCCAUCCGAGAGUUCUUCUCUACCAGAUUGUCUGCUUGUCAUCAUCAAUGCCAUUCUCUUCCUCAUCGUUAUGGGAACGUUCAUCCUAACUAAUGGCGCUCUUAUUAGAAUAUUACGAAAGUACUUGAGAAUGAGGUUACAGGCAGUCGUUGAGCAGGUUGACGAAGCGUGCGGUAACCUAGUCAAGAAAGUAACUUUAAAGCAUUCCAAAUCCAAGAUAACUUCAUCCAGUAAAAGAGCGUCCGAAAUCAAAAUCAGAUACAAUUCAGAAAAGUAUUUGAAAGAAUCAACACCACCGCAAAAAUCCUUCCCGAAGGCGGCCUCUUUUAAUACAUUCCCUGUUAACGAAGGCAAGGCGUCUAAAUCCUUGUUGACUGUCUCUGACGACGCAUCAGAACCGAGACGUCAUUCUGUUGCUGUAUUCCUACGUUCUAGAAGAGAAAGUGACGAAUCGACUAUUUCAACUCGAAGUACAAGAAUGAGCGAAGGUUCUCAAGCGUUUAACGGCCGAUUAGAAAGAUUAGUUGAAUCUGUCAACUGCAAAGUACGAGUUUUACGACAGCAAAGUGAACACGAAGAUAAAAUGAAGCGACCCUACACAGUCGAUUAUAACCGACAAUGCAGCUAUAAUAUGCUAAAGGAUAACGUUAAAAGUGUUCCCGCUGUUCCAGCGGAAAGACAAGCCUAUUUUAACAAACAACUAAGCAUACUACAAGAUAAACUACACAAGAAAGCUUAUGGACAACAGAAAGACUUAAUCUUAGCAAGAUUGAUGACUCUUUGCGCUUCCUCCUUUAUCAUUACCUGGCUUCCAUUUUGCGUGCUUUUCCUUUUAUCCAUCACGAAAACGUCCUACAACCCAAUUUUUCAGGAUAUUGCUUUUAAGGUGCUGCUUUCGAAUUUAUUCAUAAAUCCGUUAUUGAACGUACUGUGCAAAGCCAAAUAUGCCAAAGGAUUUUUAUAUGUUUGGAAACUAUUUUUGUAUUGGUUAACUUUUGGGUAUGCCGAUGGACCAUCGGAAAAUUUAAUAUUCUAUCAAGUUCGUCCGAAGAAGAGGAAGAGAAAGGUCGAAGAUAAAUACAAAGCUGAAGCUUUACAUGUAAUUCACCAAGAACUACGUAAGCCUGGCUCAGAUUUAGCUCGUUUCGCGCCAUCUAGUAGAUUGCAAAUACUAUUUGAUAAAUACGUUUUGGAAGCACAGGCGAGUGGUAGUAGUUCAAGUGAAUCGAUUGAUUACGGAUUUUUAGCUUUGGAUAUUGUUGCCCCCUCUGAAGACGAUGAUAUCGAUUUAGGUAUCGAUUAUGACGCAUUAAUUAGGUCAGAAUGCGAGGAUCCGAUAAUUUCGAUACCGGUACCGAAUACAAAAACCGAAGGUCAAGCUUGGGUCUAACAAAAUAAGGAAAUAUAAAAUAUUAAGAGAGAAGAAUAAGAAGAUAUUAGAAUGAAGUAAUUGAUUAAUGAAUUACGUAAUAACCUUUAAAGGAUGAGAACAAUGUUGGAAAACACGCGAUAGUUAAAUGAUUCGAAUCAUAUAUUAUGUAAAAAAAAUGAUUAAAGAAAUUAUGAAUAAAUUAUAAAAAGUAUAUUGUUUGUACUUGUCAUUGUUAAAAUAUACUGUAUUAUUCAACAUAAGGCAAGAUUAAAUCAUUAAAUAACUACCUAAACGAUAAUAAUUAGUUACUGUUUACAAUUGUUUCACUAAUAUUACCAAUCCCAAAGAAGAAGUAAAUGUUAACCUUUCAUGCAUAUAUUCUCUCUUUCUCUCCUUAAUGGACACACACACACACACACACACAC